UCCCCUGAUGAGUUUGGAUCACAUCUCCAUGGUUAUCAACGCUCUGAAUCGCUUCUUUCAUCCACGGGGAAGUAUAUAACUGGCAACCCAAGAGAAGAUUAGUGGGCAAAGAUUUGAGCACAUUGAGGAAGCUCCAUCCAUCCAGACAUCCAAAGAUUUGUUUCUGACUUUCUGCCAGCCUGUUGCUUAGAAGGAGCUCAGCCACCAUGGAUCUAGCCCUCAAGAGGCCCUGGGUCAGCUUGCUGGUCUUCUUCUGUGUCGGGAUGGUCCAUACUGACACAGGAGAGAUGUACGGACCUCAGCUGAAAAUUGAUCCCAAAACAAUGACACGCAUCAUCCAGAUGGCCAUGACAGACAAGAAGAUUUUGGAUGGGAUGGCGACCAUGGCAACCAAGAAUAAGGCACUCAAAGGCCUCAAAGGGAUGAAACUUAAAGAUUUCAGACCCCCUGAAAUUUGCACAAAGUUAAUUCCACCCAAGCAAAUGCAGACAUCCGUGAUUAUUACCCUCACAGUUGCUGGGAAAAGCUUUAUCGGCGGAAAAAUGGAGAUCACUCUGAAAUCCAAAAUGGACAUCGUGAUUAAGGUGACCAAACACCCCACCAAGCACAUCGGGAUGGAGAAAACCAGCUGUGAAGUGCGUCUUUUGGCCUACAAAACCAACCUUCCCAGCAACAUGAUUCCAAAAGUAGUGAAUAAAUUUUUGAAUACUACACUUGGGAAACUCUUGCCUGGCAUGAUGUGCCCAGCAGCAGACAACGUGAUCGGGUUUAUGGAGACAAAAUUAGAACACAUGUUUGGUGAGUGUUUGCGAAUUUAAGGGAGUUUAGCUGGC